UGUACGACCAAUAAAUAAAGGCAACGAAGAAGAAGCAAACUCAAACACAUUCGUUUAGUGUUGUGGAAAUGAGAAUAUAUUUAUUUUAAAAAAGUUUAUUUAUCCCGCGUCUUUUAGAAUCAAAGCUGGAUGAAACGUAAAGGACACCUGCCACCUUGAUGGAUCUAUUAGAUGCUUUCUCCUUCUAGCUAGCCAGCUGGGCAGAAUCAAACAAAGCUAGCUAGCAGACAUCCUGGCGGGCUAAAAGCCGCAGAAGAACAGAUUCCACUACGGGACCUGUGAGCAUCGACCACAAAACGGUUUAUUUUAGGAGCUGUGAAGCUCCGUGGCAGCAUCAGAGGGCAGCAUGGCUGAAAUAAGCGAGGUGGUGAUCGUUAGGCUACCGGACACUGUGAGCGAGGACCUUCCCUCUGUGGUGGAGGAGGAUAAAGCAGUGCUGGUGACCACAGAGCUGAACCAUCAGUCCGGGGAAGACGUCCUCACAGUGACACCAGUGGAAGCAGAGGCUGAAGCCAGCAGAGAGGAUUCUCUGUCUAAAGAAGAGGCAGUCAUUGUGAAAUUAAGUGAGGAAGUGGACGUGGAGGCUGAUGUCUUCUACCCAAUCACCUGUGGAGAUGCUAAAGCCAUGCUGGUUUGGAAGAAGUUUGUCUGUCCUGGGAUUAAUGUGAAAUGUGUUCAGUUUAAUGAGCAGCUUAUCAGCCCCAAGGAGUUUGUUUGUUUAGCGGGGAAAUCGACUCUGAAGGACUGGAAGAGAGCGAUCCGUCUCAACGGCACCAUGCUCAGAAAGAUCAUGGACUCGGGUGAACUGGACUUCUACCAGCACGCAAAGGUCUGCUCCAACACCUGCCGCAGCACCAAGAUAGACCUGGUGGGAACUAAAGUGUCCAUCAGCAGCGAUCACUCUUCUGACCUGGUUGCUGCCACACCAUCAUCUGCUGAUCUGAACGGAGUAGGAGCCCCGUUUAGUGAUGGGACAGAGGAAACUUCAGAGUGGGUCACAGCCAUUGGAGAGGACACGGUAGCGUUCUGGCGUGGCGUGAAGGAGUCAGGACUUCUGGAGGAGGUGGUGGAGGACUUCCAGAAGGAGCUGCAGGAUGUGCUGAAGGGGCUGCAGGAACGAGUGUGUGACCCACCGCUACAGGUUAAAGAUGCAGUUUUGCUCAACAAUAUUGUGCAGAACUUUGGGAUGCUGGACCAGGUGAAGAAGGUUCUGGCCAGUCAUAAAAGUCAGAUGGAUCGUUACAGAGAGCAGUACACUCGCAGCCUGGCAGCUCUGGAGCAGCAAUGUGAUGAGCACAGGAAACGGGCCAAAGAGCUGAAGAGCAAGUCCCAGCACCUCAACAACGUCCUGAUGACCCUCACCCCAGUUCCCGCACCCCCUCCCCUCAAGCGUCCCCGACUGACCCGGGCCAUCUCAGGCCCAGCGUCAGUGAGUGCCACCCCAACCCAGAUCACGCUGCCUCUCAACCAGCUGACCAGCCUGCCACUGGGCAAGGUGCUGACGGUGUCCGGAGCCCCACCCGGCGGGUACACCCUCCUCACCUCUCCUCUCGCCGGGUCGGAGCUGGCGGCCGAUGCGUCUAACCUCACUGUGCUGUCCACGGUGGCGGGUCAGGAGGGCACGGUGGGCGCCAACGCGUCCACGGCCUCCUUUGUAAAACUGGGCUCUCAGUUCCAGCAGUUCCAGCUGGUGACGCUGCCGGCGGGCCUGCAGAACCUGACCGCCGCGCAGGGCACCGCCAUCCAGCACCAGAUUGGUGGCAUCAGUGUGGUGGACGCCAUGGAAACCGCGGUUGAUGAGUCUCACGAGACAAUCCAGGCCGACGACGGUGAGGGAGGUCAGCCAGAGCAGCUGAGAGAGGACGAUGGGGGGCAGAUGGGCGAGCAGCAGUGAGACACCUCACAGCUGCUACCCCCCCCCCCCCAGCUUAUUGCCUCUGUUUCAUUUGGAUGUUUGCAGCGUGUGAUGGAGCUCAGACUUUUAAUGAUCGUCCGUCAGUUGAACCUUCCUCGUCAACCUUCCAAAAUACUGAAAUGUUUGUUAGGUUGACGUCUUCUUUUCUGUCAACAUGCACUGUCUGUGUAUGGAUGUAUCCCUGACAGGCUGAAGAAAAGAGCAUCAAUCAGUUUGGUAAUAAAUGCUCAGUUUUUAUGAA